UCUAUUGUCAAGAGUGCGUUUCUUAUUGAUUAAAAAGAUGUUUUUAGAUUCUUACAGUUAUCAACCUUUGCCUGAAGAUUUGGAGGCAAUGUCAGAUGGACAGGCAGGAUUUGUAAAUCCAAAAAAAUUGGAUUAUUUUAAAUAUCGCGGCAAGGAAAAAUGCCUGUUGGAGCAGGAUGAAUGCGCAAAAAUAAAAUUUGGAAGAUCCAUCAUAAAAAAUCACAUAAAUCCUGCACAUAAACAAAUCAUGGAGAAGAUUCGGACAUUUUACGAUAUUUUGUGCGAUCGCAUUAACAGUGAGCGAUUAAUUGAAGAUCGGGACGACUGUGAAUUGUAUGAUGACAUUAUUGAUCGUCCAACGAACAUCAGAAAAAAUGAAGGCUUCAGCAAGAACGAAGGUGGCAUAGAAAAUUCAAACACCAUUGCAUAUAAUAUUGGACACACCAUUGGAUACACCAUUGGUUGUGCCAUUAGAGAUACAAAGAAAUUUAAAAAAGCCGGAUCUUUUUUUAAGGCCGUAUGGAAGCCAGUGACGAGAUCAGCAGAGAAGUUAUGGAGAGGAAUGAAAAAUGGAGAAACUGAAUAUAUUCAGUUUGAUUAAUGAUCUCUUUGUCUCCAUUAUUUGAGUCAAGUAUCCAUCUGCUUGAUUUGGUCCGAGUACGUCUCGGGUAAGAGUUUAAUCAGAAUAUUUUUGUAUUUUACACUUAACACUUACAAGAUUAUCUACUCUACACUUAUAAGUUCAAUACCAUUUCAAUCCCUGAUAGAAAUGGCGUUUUGGCCAUGGUAACAGGAGAACAAAGCACAUGUAUUAACGUGGAGAUACAUCAUGUUUUUUAUAAGAUUGAUAUUUUACAUAUAGACAGACUGGAGUAGGCUUACAAGGCAUUAUAUAUAUAUAUAAAUAUAUUCUUGUUCAAGUAUGGACUAGAAUAUAUUCUGGAAGUGUACUAGUUUCGUAACAAAGGAAAAGCAACAGGGUAAAUGUGAGUAGAGAUUAAAAUAUUCAACAAGUUUAUGUUAAGAUGAGUACACGAAGUUUCUGAACUAAUCAAAUUAAUAAUAAUAUAUAUCAAGCAUAAUAAAUGACACAACAGUAGCAAAUUAAUAAUUAU